AACAUGACCAACCAAACUUGGUACUACUACCAACCACCCAAUAUAUAGCCUCAUUUAUUUCAUUUCAAACCCCCAAUCCUCAUCCUUUUAAAACUUUAUACUAAAUAUAUAAAUAUUGCUUCUUCUUGCUCCUCCAAAUUCCCCAAUUCUCUCUUUUCCAAAUUUCUUCAAAAAAUAAUAAUAAUCAGAUUUCUACACAGUGAAUUGAAUUUGGGAUUCUGGGUAUUUCAAGAAAAUGGAUUCUGAAACCGUAAAAGAUUCGUAUAAUCAUGAAGAAGUCAUCGGAAAAUUGACCGGAGAUUUUACAGGGCAAUUGAAGAUGAAAGAACAGAUAAUCGAAGAUAAUUAUGAGGACAACGAGGAGGAAGAGGUUGAAGAUGGUGAAGACGAAAACGAUGAUGAAGAAGAGUUUUCUUUCGCGUGUGGGAUAGACGCGCCGCCGAUAUCGGCGGAUGAGGUAUUUUACAAUGGUCAAAUCCGACCUCUGUUCCCGUUAUUUAAUCAAAAUCUCCUUCUAUGCGAUGAAGAUUUAGAAGCUUUGAAGGAACAAUUACCAAUAAGGCCACCGGUCAAGAAGAUAUUUAUACAAACGGAAGAUAACCCAAUUCCGGCAGCUUCAUCUUCUUCCGAAGAUAUCGCCGGACCCUUUUGUGAAUGGUCGAAAAAUAAAGCAAUUGAAGCUUCACUGGAAAAUCCUGAGGUAUGUAAAAAGAGUAAUUCCACUGGAUUUUCAAAGCUAUGGAGAUUCAAAGUUUUUCUUCACCGGAGUAACAGUGACGGAAGAGACACGUUUGUGUUCUUAAACCCAACAACUCCGGCGGCUAAGGUAGAAGAAAAAGUUAUUCGAAAAAAUGAAACGACGACGUCGUCAGAGUCGGAGAAGAAGAAGAUCUCCGGCGAAGUUAAAGUCAUCGGAAAAGUAACGAAGAAGAAGAAGGAUUUGAAGAAGAGUGAAGGUGUAUUAGCUCAUGAAGCUUAUAUGAAGAGUAAAGCUAAAGCUGAAGAUCGCCGGCGAUCGUAUCUUCCUUACCGGCCGGAGCUCGUCGGAUUUUUCACAAAUGUGAACGGUGGAUUAACGAGGAAUGUGCACCCAUUCUAAGUCAAAAUCAUUUUUAGUUUUUUUUUCUUUAAUUAUUUUUAUUAUUAUAGUAGUGUAAUUUGUUUUAAAAAAAUUAUGUAGUUAAUAAUUAGAUUUGUUUUGAUUAGUUAGAUCAUGGCCUAAGGGAUUAUGAGGUAUAAGUUGGCCUUUUUUUAUCCCCUUAUUGAGCUUUGUAAAUCUUUGAUUCACCAUGUUGGAUUUACUAUUACACUACUUUUACCAA